AUGUCAAAGAUAAGGAGGAAAGUCACAGUGGAAAACACCAAGACCAUAUCUGACAGCACAUCCAGAAGACCCAGUGUAUUCGAGAGGCUUGGACCAAGCACUGGUAGUACAGCAGAGACACAGUGCCGGAACUGGCUGAAGACUGGCAACUGCCUCUAUGGAAACACAUGUAGGUUUAUACAUGGCCCUUCACCGCGUGGAAAAGGUUAUAGCAGCAACUAUAGAAGGUCACCAGAAAGACCUACAGGGGAUCUCAGAGAAAGAAUGAAAAAUAAGCGCCAAGAUGUGGACACUGAGUCCCAGAAACGAAAUACAGAGGAGUCAUCUUCACCUGUUAGGAAAGAAUCUUCAAGAGGGAGACAUAGAGACAAGGAAGACAUAAAAAUCACUAAAGAACGAACCCCAGAAAGUGAAGAAGAAAAUGUAGAAUGGGAAACAAAUAGAGAUGAUUCUGACAAUGGAGAUAUUAAUUAUGAUUAUGUUCAUGAGUUAUCAUUGGAAAUGAAGCGGCAGAAGAUACAGAGGGAGUUAAUGAAGCUGGAACAAGAAAAUAUGGAGAAGAGAGAAGAAAUUAUCAUUAAAAAGGAGGUUUCACCAGAAGUAGUUAGAUCAAAAUUGUCUCCAUCACCUUUAAGAAAGUCUAGCAAAUCUCCAAAGCGGAAAUCAAGCCCCAAAUCUUCUUCAGCUGCCAAGAAAGACAAGAAGACUUCUGCAGUGUCUUCUCCCUUGCUGGACCAGCAGAGGAAUUCAAAAGGCAACCAAAGUAAAAAGAAAGGGCCACGUACACCCAGUCCUCCUCCUCCUAUACUAGAAGAUAUUGCUCUGGGAAAAAAAUAUAAAGAAAAGUAUAAAGUGAAAGAUAGGAUUGAAGAAAAACCAAGAGAUGGGAAGGACAGAGGACGAGAUUUUGAAAGGCAAAGAGAAAAAAGAGAGAAGCCAAGAUCCACUUCCCCAGCUGGACAACAUCAUUCUCCUAUAUCUUCUAGACAUCACUCAUCAUCCUCUCAAUCGGGAUCAUCUAUUCAAAGACAUUCUCCUUCUCCUCGGCACAAAAGAACUCCUUCACCAUCUUAUCAGCGGACUUUAACUCCAUCUUUACGACGUUCUGCUUCCCCUUAUCCUUCACAUUGUUUGUCUUCUCCUCAGAGAAAGCAGAGUCCUCAAAGGCAUCGCUCCCCAAUGCGAGACAAGGGGAGGCAUGAUCAUGACAGAACUUCACAGUCUCAUGAUCGACGGCAUGAAAGGCGGGAAGAGACUAGAAGCAAAAGGGACAGAGAAAAGGAUACAAGAGAAGAGCGAGAGUAUGAACAGGACCAGAGCUCUUCUAGAGAUCACAGAGAAGACAGAGAGCCUCGAGAUGGCCGGGAUCGGAGAGAUACUAGAGACCGCAGGGAACUAAGAGACUCCAGAGACAUCCGAGACUCUAGGGAGAUGAGGGACUAUAGUAGAGAAACCAAGGAAAGCCGAGACCCCAGAGAUUCAAGGUCUACCCGGGACUCUCAUGACUAUAGGGACCGUGAAGGUCGAGAUACUCAUCGGAAGGAAGACACAUACCAGGAUGAAUCCCGGAGUUAUGGCAGAAAUCACUUAAGAGAAGAAAGUUCUCGUACUGAAAUAAGGAAUGACUCCAGAAAUGAGUCUCGGAGUGAAAUUAGGAAUGACCGCAUGGGUAGAAGUAGGGGGAGAGGUCCAGAGAUACCUGAAAAGGGAAGUCGAGGCACAAGAGGUUCUCAAAUUGAUAGUCACAGUAGUAGUAGCAACUAUCAUGACAGCUGGGAAACCCGAAGUAGCUAUCCUGAAAGAGACAGAUACCCAGAAAGAGACAACAGAGAUUCUUCCUUUGAGAGAAGACAUGGAGAGAGAGACCGUCGGGACAACAGAGAAAGAGAUCAAAGACCAAGCUCACCAAUACGCCAUCAGGGGAGAAAUGACGAGCUUGAGCGUGAUGAAAGAAGAGAGGAACGAAGAGUAGACAGAGUGGACGAUAGAAGAGACGACAGGGCUAGGGACAGAGAUAGGGAGAGAGAGCGGGACAGAGAGCGGGAGAGAGAGAGGGAACGUGAACGGGAUCGGGAAAGAGAAAAGGAAAGAGAGCUAGAAAGGGAGCGGGCCAGAGAACGGGAGAGAGAAAGAGAAAGGGAAAAAGAGCGAGACCGUGAACGAGAGAGGGAUCGUGACCAUGAUCGAGAGAGAGAAAGAGAGAGGGAACGAGAUAGGGAAAAAGAAAGGGAGCGAGAGAGAGAAGAAAGGGAGAGGGAGAGAGAGCGAGAACGGGAGAGAGAGAGAGAACGAGAGCGGGAACGAGAAAGAGCGAGAGAAAGGGAUAAGGAACGAGAACGUCAAAGGGAGUGGGAAGACAAAGACAAGGGACGGGAUGACCGCAGGGAUAAGCGAGAAGAUAUCCGAGAAGAUAGGAAUCCCAGAGAUGGACAUGAUGAGAGAAAAUCAAAGAAGCGCUAUAGAAAUGAAGGAAGUGCCAGCCCUCGGCAGUCACCUAAGCGCAGGCGUGAACAUUCUCCUGACAGCGACACCUACAACAGUGGAGAUGACAAAAAUGAAAAGCACAGACUCUUGAGCCAGGUUGUACGACCUCAAGAAUCUCGUUCUCUCAGCCCAUCACACCUCACAGAAGAUAGGCAGGGUAGAUGGAAAGAAGAGGACCGUAAGCCAGAAAGAAAGGAGAGUUCAAGGCGCUAUGAUGAGCAAGAAUUGAAAGAGAAAAUUUCUUCUGUAGAUAGACAGAGAGAACAGACGGAAGUCAUGGAGAACUCAAGAGCACGUGCCCAGGACCUGGUAGGCCACCACCAGUCUGAAGAUCGUGAGCUAUCUGAUCGAGCCCAUGAUGAAAGUAAGAAAAAAGCAAAACUUCAGAAGAAACCUAUUAAGAAAAAGAAAGAGGAUGAUGUUGGAAUAGAGAGGGGCAGUAUUGAGACAACAUCUGAAGAUGGUCAAGUCUUCUCACCUAAAAAAGGACAGAAGAAGAAAAAUAUUGAGAAAAAACGCAAAAGAUCCAAAGGUGAUUCUGAUAUUUCGGAUGAAGAAGCCACCCAGCAAAGUAAGAAGAAAAGAGGUCCACGGACUCCCCCUAUGACAACCAAAGAGGACCUGGUUGAAAUUUCUAGUGAUAAGGAUGGCCCGCUAGAGGACCCUCUGAAGAAGGAGGAUACUGCCUUUAGUGACUGGUCUGAUGAGGAUGUGCCAGACCGGACAGAAGUGAUGGAAUCAGAACAUGCAGUCACCACUACCACUGCAGCUAGUAUCCCUUCCCCUCUGUCUUCCCUUCUCCCUCCUCCACCUCCUGUGGCCACUGCCACUGCUGCAGCUGCGGUGCUCACCUCUACCACUGUUACUGCUGCCACCUCUGCCACCCCCACGCCCACCUCUGCCACCCCCUCCACCGUCAAUACUACUUUUGCCAGUGAAGACUCACAUAGAAAGUGCCAUAGAUCACGUGUGGAAAAAGUAGAAGCCCCUCAUGUGACUAUAGAGGACACACCACACCGCAAACUGGUAGACCAAAAGAGGAGCAGCAGCCUGGGCAGCAACCGGAGUAACCGGAGUCACACCUCUGGCCGUCUGCGCUCCCCAUCAAAUGAUUCUGCCCAUCGAAGUGGGGACGACCAAGGGAGUCGAAAGAGAGUGCUGCAUAGUGGCUCAAGAGAUAGAGAAAAAACAAAGAGCCUGGAAGUCACGGGGGAGAGAAAAUCUAGGAUUGAUCAGUUGAAGCGUGGAGAACCCAGUCGAAGUACUUCUUCAGAUCGUCAGGAUUCAAGAAGCCAUAGUUCAAGAAGAAGUUCUCCUGAGUCAGAUCGGCAAGUCCAUUCAAGAUCUGGGUCAUUUGAUAGCAGAGACAGGCUUCAAGAACGGGAUCGAUAUGAGCAUGAUAGAGAACGGGAGAGAGACAGGAGAGAUACACGGCAGAGAGAAUGGGAUCGAGAAGCUGAUAAAGAUUGGUCACGGAACCGAGAUCGGGACAGACUGCGGGAACGGGAGAGAGAACGGGACAAAAGGAGAGACUUGGACAGGGAAAGAGAAAGAUUAAUUCCUGAUUCUAUGGAAAGGGACCGAGACAGAGAUAGGACUUCUGAGAAUUCUCAAAUAGAGUCUGUGAAACGCAGUGAAGCAAAACUGGAGAGUGAACAUGAAAGAGACCUAGAUGGUGGUUCCAGAGACUCUGUAGCCUUGGAUAAAGAAAGAAUGGAUAAAGAUCUGGGGUCUGCACAGGGAUUUGAUGAUACUACUAAAGCUGAGCGAACAGAGAGUGUGGAAGCAGGAGAUGAAGAUUCCAAGUUAGAUGAUGCACAUUCAUUAGGAUCUGGUGCUGGAGAAGGGUAUGAGCCAAUCAGUGAUGAUGAACUAGAUGAAAUUCUGGCCGGUGAUGCAGAAAAGAGAGAAGACCAGCAGGAUGAGGAGAAGAUGCCAGAUCCCUUAGAUGUGAUAGAUGUCGAUUGGUCUGGUCUUAUGCCAAAGCAUCCAAAAGAACCACGAGAGCCUGGGGCUGCACUCUUAAAAUUCACACCUGGAGCUGUUUUGCUGAGAGUUGGGAUUUCUAAAAAGUUGGCAGGUUCUGAGCUGUUUACUAAAGUCAAAGAAACAUGUCAGAGAGUUCUAGAGAAACCUAAAGAUGCAGAGAAUCUUUUUGAACAUGAACUGGGGGCUCUCAAUAUGGCUGCAUUACUACGGAAAGAAGAAAGAGCAAGUCUUCUCAGCAAUCUUGGACCCUGUUGUAAAGCCCUGUGCUUCAGGCGGGAUUCUGCAAUCCGAAAGCAGCUUGUUAAGAAUGAGAAGGGUACAGUAAAGCAAGCUUAUACAAAUGCUCCAGUGGUAGACAAUGAAUUACUGCGGUUGAGUCUUCGGUUAUUUAAGCGGAAGACUACUUGUCACGUCCCUGGACAAGAAAAGGCUGAAGAUAAUAAACUGGCACAGUCCAAUAUCCCACAGGAACUGUGUGUAUCUUAAAGACCGAAGUUCAGUAUGAUGUUUGUGGUAUUGUCCUCCUUGUACAGUGCAUUUUUUUCAGAGCUCUUUGAUUUGAAAAAGAUUAUUAGUGACAAAGGCAGAAAAGUCUUAUCAGCCAUGCUAAGGGUGAAGAACUUUGAUCUGUAGAGACACUAGUUUUGACCAACUUAAGAUUUACAAUGAUUUUUUUACAGCAAUUGAUACUCAUGCAAAAUAAUGUGAAAGCAUCUAAAUUUAGUAGUUUAGUCUGUACCUUUUGUGAAAGCUGAAGAUUUUGGAAAUUGGUUGUCACCGCUCUUCCAGCUUGUGAAUAUUUUUUAUGAAAUGGAACCACUGAUUUAUAUUCUGGAUCAUCCUUACAGAAACUGAUUUUAUUCAGAAGCAAGGUGUUCAUCAAAGUAACUGCACACAUUGUACAGCACCAUAUUAUAUGGAACAUUUGGAAGGGAAUGUUCGUCUAGCAUAGUGUAUUUAGGCAAAUCCCCAUCAGGAGAAAUCCAGAUUUUUUUCUCCUUUUAAAAGUUCUAAAAACAUGGGUCUUCGAUUUUUUUUUUAAUGUGUGUACAUUCUUACAGUGUAUAUUGGAUAUCUUUGGAUUCUGAAUGGGUUUUUUGUCUGGUUGUUCAUCAGAGACUAUGUACUAUUUUUAUUUUUAAUAAAUGUACCUCCCUUUUUCUUGU